UCGCGGGGCAUUAGGGGCGAGAGAUGACUCGGUGCUUGACAACCGGGACCCGACCCUCAGGGACCUGAUCGCCGGGGACUUGUCGCCCCGGCGUCAUCAGGCCUGAGGGGAUAGGGGAAGAGACAAGAAGGAGAUCGCUUGUUAUAGCCUUUGAGUAACCGAAAAGGCUCUACAUUCCGGCAUUGGAGCCUACCCAAACUUCCUUUCCUUAAUCAACCACCCUCCCCUUUCUAUAUAGCCUCUCUUACCCUUAACGCCUGCAGCUGCUCACCGGCUCUUUGCUACUUUUCUCACGAAUUUUACAUCAACAGAUAAUCUGACAAUGGAACAAUCAUUUCAUCGUUUCCAGAGAGAACAUCCUACUGUGACAUCCUCUCCCAGGGAAGUUCGUAAGUGGAUAGAAGAGCUGGGUUAUAGUUUUCUGGUAUACGGAGAAAAGUUUGAAAGAGCAAAAAUCAACGGGGAGAGACUUCUUAACAUUACACAAGAAAAACUUAAUGAACUUGGCAUAAUCCGGCCUGACCACAAGGAUAUAAUAUUAAAAGCAAUUGCUUCUGUUUGUAAAGAGAACAAAGUUGCAGAACAAGUUAUGCAAGGAAAAGAUCAGAAAGACAAAAAGAUGCCUACCAGAUUCAGAAAACAAUGCGAAGAUCUUGAGCACGCUAUUGAUCGUGUUAUAGUCAUGCUAUCGGAAAGAAGAAGGGCGCGUAGUCUACAUGGCAUUAAUGAACAACCACCUGGUAACAUUCUUACAGCUACUCUUGAACUGAUUAAUAUGGUCAAGAUGAUACUAAACAUUCUGGAAAGGCCUCCCUUUGAUUGUAUGUCAGAAUUUUCAAGUGUGAAAAACCAUCUCAUUAAACAUAUCACAUUGUUGAAACAUUUCUCUGAGCAGUCUGAUCUCAGCCAUGAAAUGGAAUCUGAUAUAAUAGAUGUGUGCAAGAGUAUGACCAAAAUCUGUCACUACAUAAUUGCUUUGCCACCUGAUGUUACAGGAUCAGAAACAGAAGUUCAAGAAUUUGUUACCACUGAAGAGAAGCCGCCUAGGGUGCAAGUGCCAGUUACAAUUGAAACCGAAGUAAUGAGUUUUCCAACAGAACAUGGACCUGCCCUAAUGCCUACAACUCAAUAUUCAUCAAUGGCAAUAACUACGACUAGUUCAUCAAGUGAACUUACAUUUACCUUUCAAGAUAUAUCCCUUCAAAGUGAAAGAGUACCUUACAGAUGUGAAUAUUUCUCUUUAGAGAGACUCAACACUUCAAGUAAUAAAAGAACAGUUAUAUUACAACAUGAUGACGAAAGCAAAUCUGAAACAGAAGUUUCUGAUACAAAAGGUUCUGAAAUCUCAGCAGUUUCUUUGGAAUUUAAAAGUCUCCAAGACCUAAGAAUAAUUGAAAGUGACACUCCUCCUUUGGAUUCUGGCUCUGAAAGAUGCUUGAUUGAUUCUGACUCUGAUAGAGGUAUUGGUUCAGACUCUGGCUUAGAACAACACUCAAAAGACUUGGACUCAAUAAUAUGGGGAGCAGACUCAGACAUGGAAAAAUGUCUAAGGGACUCAGACUCUGCAAAGCACCUGCUAGAAGGAGAAAAACACCAAAUGGCUUCAGGCUCUGUUGAACAACUGAUAGAGUUAAAACAAUACAUGGUAAGAGUUGAACAACAUCAGGGGGAUUCUGACUCUCUGAAAUAUUGUGUGGGCUCAGGUUCAGAAAAAUGCUUAGAGGACUCUGACUCUGACAGAUACCUGAUGGACUCUGACAAUGAAAGACUGGAGAUGGAGUCAGACUCAGACAAAUUCGCCAUGGCCUCUGCAUCUGUGAAACACCUGACAAAGGCAGAAAAACGCCAAAUGGCCUCAGAGUCUAUAAAACGCCUGAUAGAAUCUGAGAACAGAUUAAUGGAGACCAAUAAUGUCUGGAUUAUCUCUUCUUCUGAGAGAUAUGUGGUAGACUCAGACACAGAAAGGGGUGGAAUAGCUUCAGCUUCUGAAUCUUCAAUAUAUCUUUUGGCAGAAGAAAAACAUCAGGAGGAGACGAGAUCUAAGAGAUAUAUGAUGGCCUCUGAUUCUGUGCUGUGUAGAAUGGAUUCAGGUACAGAAAGAUAUGGGCUAGCCUCAACAACUAUGAAAUGCCUCUUAGAUGCUGAAUCACUCCAAUUGAGCACUGAUACUGAGGGACUCUGGAUAGAUUCUUCGUCUGAAAGAAAUACAGCAGACAUAGAAUCUCAAAGCCAAAAGAUAGGCUCUGAUUUUGUGAGAGUGGUGAUAAAAGAUGAAAACUUGCAGAUCUCUGACUUGGAAGAAUUCUCUAAGGACCUCAGGUCUGAAUCUGAAAGUUGCUGUAUGGACUCUGAAAGAGAACACUUGGUUUCUGACCAGAGUAGCUCUAACAGACAUCAACUUAGGUCUGUAAGACAGAAGGAUAGCUCUGGAAGAUUUCAGCAUGACAUUCAAAAACAUCCGGAUAAAGUUGAGAGCCAUGAAAUUGAUUCUAAUUCCAAAAAACUUCGAAAAGACUCUGAAAACAAAGAAUAUCAAGAUGAAUCUGAAAGUGGAAGAUACCUGAUAGAGAUGCAGAAGGAACCGUGUCUGCAACAAUUUGAAAGUGAGAGACUUCAAAUGAAAAAAAGGAGAGAAAGACAUUCCACAGACUCUGACAGCGAAAAAGAGUACAGUCUUGCAAUUUGCAGUGAAAGGCAGCACCUUGACUCAGAAAAUGAAGCACAACGGCUUGGUGCUCGCAGAAAGGAUAAUCGUCCUAAAGGUUUUUGGAGACCUAUUUUCCUUCCUUCCUCACUUGGUCGUGGAAAGAAAACUGAAGAACACUCUGUUCAGAAAACAGGUAACAGAGUUUCCAGAAGUCAACCUGUGAGAUACCUGAGUGAUGACAAGUUUGUGAGGUUCAAAGAGAUGUCUCCAACUGUCAGUGACAACCAAAAAUCCCAGCAAAUGUUAAAGGAAAUGCACAGUCACAACCUUUCUUCAGAGCCAUUCACACUGAAGGAUAACAAGCAUCACAGAAAUGCCAGCCGCAAGAUUUCUGUCUAUAGAAGCCAUAACAAGGAUUACAGAUACACACAAAGUUUUCAGAGUUCUGCAUCUUCAGUGAAUACUAUUCAUCUCCUAAGUACUGAGGCUUAUACAUCGGAUAUUUCAGUACCUGACAAUCAACCAAUUUCUAUAAGCCCUAGGUCUGUUUUACGCUCUACAACUCAAAGAAAUAACACACACAUAUGUCCCAAAUGUUUCAUGGAAAUCAGUGACUAUCCUUAUCAUAAAUGUGUUACAAAUUCUGAUGAUGAUUCAUUCUCUGAUUGUCCUUUACAUCUCCAAGUUUCCUUGGAAUCUAAAUAUUCUCUGAAUCUGAAUCCCAAAUCAGAUAGACACCACAAAACUUCUUGCAGCAGCCCAUUAUCUCCAUCCCUAGAACCUAGGCAUCAUGUGGACAUCUGCUGUCCUCCACACAGGGAAGAUUCUAUAUAUUCUGUGGAUUCAAUUUCUUAUUUACAUUAUGAAAGUCACUCAGCUGUACAAAAUCUCAUGGACUCUACUCAGAUCUCUCCCAUGAAUCCCCCAGAUACCAUGGACUGCCAUAAUCUCCCUGGUCCAGACAGAAUCAUCAGUGCCAGCAGUGCCACUGGACUUGAAAGUGAGGGCAAGUUCAACCUUACUGGAGAACCCCCAAAUGAGGCCAUUCCUGAUAAUGAGACUAAACUGGUCAGUACUGGAAAUCUCAAAGAUAAGGCCAGCACAGAAAAGAAACUUCUUCCCAAAGGUCAGAUAGAUCAUGAUGAUGAAACAGGUACUGAGAACGAGACAGACGAUGAUGAAGACGAUGAUGAUGAUGAAACAGACCCUGAAAAUGAAGACAACACUGAAGAUAAGAAAGAUCCCAAAGAUAAGUCUGACCCUGAUGAUUCUGAUCCCAAAGAUAGUAAUGGUGAAAAUGAUGCUGAUACUGACAGUGGAUCUGAUCCUAGUGGUGAUGCUGGCCGUACAAAUGAAUCUAAUUCCAGCAAUGAUGGUGACCCUAAUAAUGGAACUGAUCCCAAUAGUGAACCUGAUCCUAACACUGAUAAUGCUACUAAUAAUGAUGCGGACUCCAAAUAUAGCACUGAUGCUGAAGAAGACACAUACACAAGCAGUUCAGAUUAUUCCUUUGGCCUAGAUAAUAUUGAUUGUGAUAAUACUUCCAGCUCUAAUGAUGGCACUAAUCCAAACUACAACUCUGAACAACAAAGUGAGACUGGCAAAGACUGCACUUCUGAUUCCGACAGUGAUGCUGGCCCUAGCAAUGACAGUUGGCCAGGCCAUGAAAUUUUCUGCAACAUUGGCCCUUUGCCUCAGAAUGUCAGAUUGACUCACAACAGCCUUGACUCCAACAAUACUGGCUUUGACCCCAACAAUAGCCCUAGCCCUCCCAAAGACCUUGAUUCUAACUAUAAUGAGAGGUUUAGUAAUGCUACUAGUCAUAAUAGUGCUAUUUAUCUUAACAUUGAUGCUGACCCCAAUUAUAGUACAAGACCCACCAGUGCUGCUGGCCACAACUGUGCAGCUACCCCAGAUUAUAACUCAGAUGAAGACUAUGUCCCAGGAUUUACCCAUGCAGUAGGUUCUAGCUUUGUAGUCAACCCAAACUAUAUUUCUAGAACUAAUUAUGUAACCAGAUUGAGCUCUACAGCUAGCACCUCCAAUGCCACUGACACCAGCAAUACUACUAAUUACAGUAGUGCUAUUAGCCCUAGCUAUUCAGCUGGCACCAAUAUUGCCUCAUAUAUUAACCAUAUCCCCAAAUUUUCUCAUUUCAUUGGCUCCAACUUUGUCAUCAACCCCAAUUAUAUUGCUAUAAAUACUCAUAAUGCUCAUAGUUCUACUAAUACCAGCAAUUUUAAUAAUCUCCUUGAACCCAAUUUAGAAAUCAACUCUAGUUCCUCUAUUUCCAAUACUGUGGAUGGAAACUCCCAUACUUUUUCCACUAGUGCUAACUAUUCUUCCACUCCUAAAAAUUUGACUUCCUCUAAACUUUAUGGUACAUCAAAUUACACAAUUUUUUCUGACCACAAAUUUUGUACUCACUUGAAAGACCCAGCUGAUUCCGUGGAUUCUGCUAGCUUUAAGCACACCACUAGAUCCAAGGAUGCCCUUGAUGCCAGGGAAUCUGGUUUUUGUACAGACAUCUCUAAGGUCCAGAAUCCCAUUGGUAUCAAGGAUCUUGCCAAUUUAAAGAUUCACCCCAAUCCAAACAUUCCACUCCCUAAUUUUGACAUUAUAGUGGAAGCUGAACCACCAGAUGUUGUGAAGUUUGCCAUAUCAUCAGGUGCUGUGAAACAGUUUUUUAAGUGGAAGAUUUGUUCUCUAGGGGUUUUUCAUCUAAGAUCUGACAAAACCACCUGCUUUCCAGAGAGUCAGGCUACAUGCUCAAGGUCUGUUAAUUGUUUUAACUACUUUGGUACUACCUGCAUACCAAACCUACCCACAAAGUCUUUUAUAUAUCAGUUUGAUUAUAUUUCUUGGUAAUACUAGAAUGCUUCCAUGGUCUUCUAUUGCUGGAUUCAUUGGUAGAUAUGAUAGAUUCUUCAAAGUGCUCAGUUGAGAUAGAGUGAAAUAAAUUGGAUUUCCCUUUUGGGAUGAGUUAAUUAAAGACCUCAAAUAGAAUAUAACUAAGUAAAUGUGUAUUGAACAAGUCAAAAAGCUUCUGCCCACAAUGUGACCUGUCUAUUGCUCUCUGAAAAAUUUGAGAGAAAACAAUUGUUGAUCUGAUAAAAGAUCAGUGUCUCCAAUUGAAUGUGGGCAUCUCCCUUUAUCUGUACCACGUGUGGUUUCCAAAUUGAGCCAAACACUAAUCUACAAAGAUCCCAGUAAGCAAUCCAAAAGAGAAACAGUUACCCUAAGUUUAGUGACCAUCAUUUUUACUGCCCCUGCUGUAGAAAAUUUGCUCCACUGGUUUUCUUUCUUUAGGAAUUUCAAGAUCAUGUAUUUUCCAUGACAACUCAAGGCUCUUCAGCCCAGCCACCACAAUUUUAGUAACAGGAUGAAUGAUAUAUCAUAUAUAGCAGGUAGAGAAAAUCAGACCACAUAAGCUUAAGUUCAGAAAUUCAUAGAGACUAACUCAGGGAAAUUUUAGUAUUGUCAUUCAGUAAACUAUACAUAAUUGACUGAAUAGGGAUUUUCUUUCCCCAGGGAGCAUUUCACUAGAAUUUUAAGGUCCAGAAACUUUUGCUGCAUUGACACAAAUAUGGAAAUUGUACAUUCUAUAGCUGUACAAUCUAUAUUUUUGCAAUGGUUGUCAGGUUUGAAAUAACCUUAGGCAUCUGUAUCCAAAUAUAUACCAUUUUAUAUGCUUACAGGGACAAGUAGUAGACUACAUUUUUCAAAAUUAUUGUUUGGUUUUGAAUGUAGGGGUGUCAAACAAAAUAAGUGUGAAAUUAUUAAAAACAUAUGAUAAAGUUUAUGACUCUUAUGAAUCAUGUCAACCAAACCCUUCUAAAGAUACCUGGAUUAACUGAGAUGUUUAUUGGAUAGGGAAUGUUGAUACAAUGCAGUAGAAUUCCUCAGUUAAAUGAAUCAUGAGGAUAAGAAUGUAGCAGUAAUAAAAGAGUAAGUUUCAGGUGAAGGCAAUUUGAAUAGUGUUAUAUAGGGAAAGAAGGAAAUUAUGGAAUAGUAAGUAUGACUACUGUAAUAUUUAUUUUUUACACAUCAUUGAAUCUCAAUAUGUUCUGACCCACAUAAGUCCAUUUGUAACAUAAGUAUUUUUCCUAUACAUUGUUUUUAAUUUCAUGAUCUGCCCCAUCUCAUCACUUCACACGCACACACACACACACACACACACAGAGUUGCAGAAUCAGAGUUUUUGAAGUUGCAAAUACCAAAAAUAUAGUAAGAAUUGUUGUUCACUGCUUUCUCCUUUCUUUCCUACCCUGAGGUCACUCUUUGUACCCAGUCUUCAUAUUCCAUUCAGAAAGUAAUCAAGCCGUUCUGAGCCAACUUAAUACUUCAUGGUGACUUUGAAAGUGUAGCCUCUUAGUAUACUCCUAUGACCCCCUUUUUUACCCUCUUACAGAGAGACUACACAGAGUAGGCUUUUUAUGAUCAUGCAGCCAUAAAGUGAUAAAGAAUCAGAGUCUAUAACUAAAUAUUUAAAAUAAUUAUAUAUAUUAAAAUAACAUGAACUAUAGGGGUCAAGUAUAUUAAAUAUUCUAUAAGAGUAUUUCAAAAAAUUCAUAGAAAUGGGAUUACAAAGAUAGUGUGAAUUUUCUAUAAAUCUUCUGAAGACGCCUGGUAUUAAUCUAAUAUUAGUAUCACCUAUUUUACAAAAUGAGCAUUACUGUGAUUUCAUCUUAGUAUUUUAGAAAGUAAUGUUAUCCCUGUGAUUAUAAGAUAUUCAUGGUAGUUUUUUGGGCAAGAGUUAGAAGAUUUCAAGGGUCAUUAAAUCCACUAUUUUCUACAAAAUAAUUCUUUUAAAGUACUCUAAGGUCAAAAACAAAUUUUUGCUUUCAUUGCCACUUUUAACUCCCUAGUUUCUUUUUUAU